AUGAUGGCCAGCGUCAGAGAAGGAGACAAAGAGAGAGAGCGCUUUCCAAACCCCAUCCCAGACCAGAAUCUAAUGCCUCGUACUUUAGACGGCCAGAUCACCAUGGAGAAAACACCCAGCUACUUCAUCACCCGUGAAGCGCCAUCCCGCGUCUUCUCCAUGAGCCGCAGCACCAAACUCAUGGUGGUGGUCCGUGACCCUGUGACCCGGGCCGUGUCGGAUUACGCUCAGACUCUGACUAAAAACCCCGGCCUGCCGUCUUUCCAGAAUUUGGUCUUCAAGAACUCCACCACAGGUCUGAUCGACACCUCCUGGAGCGCCGUGAGCAUCGGCAUCUACGCCAAACACCUGGAGAACUGGCUCAGGUAUUUCCCGCUCGCGCAGUUUCUUUUCGUGAGCGGAGAGAAGCUGGUGACAGACCCCACGGGAGAAAUGGGCCGGGUGCAGGAUUUUCUGGGACUCAAACGGGUGGUGACCAAUAAGCACUUCUACUUUAACCAGACUAAAGGCUUCCCCUGCCUCAAAAAGCCGGAAGGAAGCAGCAGACCACGAUGCCUGGGGAAAUCGAAAGGCCGACCGCAUCCACACACACCAGCAGAAGUGCUGCACAGACUCAGGGAUUUCUACAGGCCUUUCAACAUGAAGUUCUACCAGAUGACUGGUCAGGACUUUGGCUGGGACUAAACACUUG